AGAACAAUCUUAAGGUAGGUCAAUUAAGGAGAUUUAUCCUACUAGUACAACCAUGGAUGAGGUUGUCGUCCAUAAUGAGCCUCAAGAGAAGCAUCAUUCCAAGGUUUCUGUAGAUGGUGACAUGAUUGAUGAGGUUGAUGACAAUCCCAUUGAACAAGUGAGGUUAACAGUGCCAAUCACUGAUGAUCCAAAUCAACCAGCACUAACAUUCAGAACAUGGGUUCUUGGGAUCUUGUCAUGUGUUGUUCUUUCAUUUGUGAAUCAAUUUUUCAGCUACAGAGACAACCCUCUUUCUGUUGGAUCUAUGUCUGCUCAAAUUGUUGCAUUCCCACUUGGCAAAUUCAUGGCUGCAACACUUCCCACAAAACUUAUUCACAUUCCCAUGACAAAUUGGCAUUUCACAUUGAAUCCAGGCCCAUUCACUUUGAAAGAACAUGCCCUUAUUACAAUCUUUGCUAGUUCUGGAGCAAGUGGUGUUUAUGCAAUUGGCAUAAUCAACAUUGUCAAGGCUUUCUAUCAUAGAAGCAUUCAUCCAUUGGCUGCUUUUAUGUUAGCAAUUUCAACCCAGAUGCUUGGUUAUGGAUGGGCUGGGGUUUUUAGAAGAUACCUUGUUGAAUCUCCCUAUAUGUGGUGGCCUUCAAACCUUGUACAAGUGUCUCUAUUCAGGGCAUUCCAUGAGAAAGAGAAAAGGCCAAAAGGAGGAUUAACAAGGCUGCAAUUCUUCUUGAUGAUAUUUGCAGCAAGCUUUGCUUAUUAUGCAAUUCCGGGUUACUUAUUCCAAGCAAUAUCAACUAUUUCUAUAGUAUGCUUAAUAUUUAAGAACUCCAUUUUAGCACAUCAAAUAGGAUCAGGUGUGUCAGGACUUGGAAUUGGUUCAUUUGCACUUGAUUGGAACACAGUUGCUGGAUUCCUAGGUAGCCCUCUGGCUAACCCUGCCUUUGCAAUCAUAAACAUGUUGGUUGGAUUUGUUCUCCUCAUCUACAUUGUUCUUCCUCUGUCAUAUUGGAACAAUGUUUUUGAUGCUAAGAGGUUCCCUCUUAUUAGCUCUCACACGUUUGACUUUUCUGGUCAAAAAUACAAUGUCACAAGGAUUCUGAAUGUUAAGACUUUUGACAUUGACAUGGAGAGUUAUCAGAAUUAUAGUAAGCUCUAUCUUAGUGUUACCUUUGCACUUGUCUAUGGAUUGAACUUUGCCAUUUUGACUUCCAGUAUUUCACAUGUCAUUCUUUUCCAUGGAAAAACGAUAUAUGGGAUGUGGAAGAAGGCGAAAAAAUCACUGGGAGAAGAAGAUGUGCACACAAGAAUCAUGAAGAAGAACUAUGAGAAAGUUCCUCAAUGGUGGUUUGUCACCAUUUUGGUUCUAAUGACCAUAAUGUCCUUAAUAACUUGUGAAGGUUUUGGCAAGCAACUCCAACUUCCAUGGUGGGGAGUUUUAAUGUCUCUAGGAAUUGCAUUGGUCUUCACUUUGCCAAUUGGAGUCAUUCAAGCAACAACAAACAACCAACUUGGACUGAAUGUGAUCACAGAGUUAAUAAUUGGGUAUCUAUACCCGGGAAAGCCUCUUGCAAAUGUAACCUUCAAGACCUAUGGAUACAUUAGCAUGACACAGGCACUUAGCUUUCUUGGUGACUUUAAGUUAGGCCACUACAUGAAGAUUCCUCCAAAAUCUAUGUUCAUCGUUCAGUUGGCAAGCACAAUAGUGGCUUCAGUUGUGAGUUUUGGCACCGCAUGGUGGCUUUUGACAUCCAUUGAUCAUAUUUGCGACGUAUCACGCUUGCCGGCCGGUAGUCCAUGGACAUGCCCGAACGACGACGUAUUCUACAACGCCUCAAUCAUAUGGGGCGUUGUAGGGCCAGCAAGAAUGUUCACCAAGAAAGGAAUCUAUGCCACCAUGAACUGGUUCUUCCUCAUCGGAUUUUUAGCACCGGUUCCAGUUUGGCUACUUUCUAGAAAGUUCCCUCAGCACAAGUGGAUUAAACUCAUCCACGUACCGCUCAUCAUUUCAGGCGCCAACAACAUCCCGCCGGCGGGAUCGGUGAACGUCAUUAUGUGGGGAAUUGUUGGGUUAUUUUUCAACGGGUAUGUUUACACCAAGUUUAAGAAAUGGUGGGCUCGCCAUACUUAUAUUCUCUCCGCCGCCUUGGAUGCCGGUGUUGCUUUCAUGGGUGUGGUGUUGUAUUUCACACUCCAAAGCUAUGGUGUUUAUGGUCCACAAUGGUGGGGCUUGGAUUCUGACCAUGACAUAUGCCCUUUAGCAUCAUGCCCUACAGCCCCAGGUGUAGUUGCCAAGGGAUGCCCCGUUCUUAGUUGAAUC